AUGGGUAGAUUGCAUGAAUAUCAAGUCAUUGGUCGCAAACUACCAAGUGAAAAAGAUCCAGUACCAAGUCUUUAUCGUAUGAGACUUUUUGCUCCUAAUGAAGUUGUAGCAAAAAGUAGAUUCUGGUAUUUCUUAACAAAACUUAGAAAGAUUAAAAAAGCCGCCGGUGAAAUUGUUUCCAUUAAUGAGAUCUUUGAGAAAAGACCGUUACGAAUCAAGAAUUAUGGCAUAUUUCUUCGAUAUGAUUCUCGUUCCGGUACACAUAACAUGUAUAAAGAAUAUAGAGAAUUGACUAGGUAUGGUUUUGCAUCUAGUGAUUUAAUUUAUCGUUGUAUUUUGAUUAAUUGGAUUCGUGUUUUCUUGGAAAUAAAAAAACAGAAACGACGCAAUCAAGACAUGGCUGCUCGUCACCGUGCUAGAUUUUCAUCUAUCCAAAUUAUACGUGUUGCAGAGUUAAAAACUCCACAAGUUAAACGUCCCUAUAUUAGACAACUCAUUGAUUCGAAACUUAAAUUCCCUCUUCCUCACCGAGUUGUUCGUGGAGGUGGAAAGAAAUCCACUUUUUUGGCUAAACGACCUUCUACAUUCUAUUAG